GUGCAGUAAAAUAUCGUUGUUUCAUGUUGUUUCUUUUGUUAUCGUGAAAAGUUUAUACCGUUUGUAAAAUUUGUAUCAUACAUUUCAUGUAAACUUUGUGCUCAGUUAGAAAUGUGAUGUGCCUUUUUCUUUUCUUUAAUUUUACUGUACGAUUGGUGAUUUAAAGUAGCAUUCUAUGUUUUGAUUCUGAUGUAUUGUCGCCAAAUCGGAUAGUUGGCGCCAAUGUUAAAAACUGGAUGGUACAUUUUGAAGAAAAUCAAUUUGAAUGCUCUAGGCAAGAUGGGCGUAAAAAACUCAAGCCCAAUGCUGUGCCAACUCUUUUCAAUGUGCCUAAUCCCCCACAACUGUUGACCCCACAGCGUCUAAAAGGCAUUGGUUUACCAAAGCACCGUUCAGUUACAUCCAAUUUUUGUAAUGGUGGCUUGCUGCACAGUUUACCUUUAUCAACUGAAGCGAUUUCUGUUGCUGAACCAUCUGUUGUUCAUUUGCCACAACCUUCAGCUUCAUAUUUUGGAGAAAUAAAUUUUGCUGCCGAAGUAUCUGAUGUUUGUUUGCAAGAACAAGCUUCAACUUCAUCUUGUGAUAAAAUGCAAACUAUUUGUGAAGGAUCUCAUGUAAGUAGAUAAUUAGUGUAUUAUUAAAUUGCUUGCUUAUACAAAAAUGUUCUAUAAACUUUUUUUUUGUUUUGUUUUUGGUAAAAGGAAUGUAAUUAAUUUCAUCAGCAUUUGCAAAUUCUUAUGCACAUUUCAGGUUUGUUUGCAAAAACAACCUUUAGAUUCAUCUUGCAACCAAAUUGUAAUUAAUUUUAAUUAAUUUCAUCAGCAUUUGUGAAGGCUGUGAUAUAAGUUGAUAAUUUGUGUUAUUAAAUUGCUCAUGAUUAUGGAGAUAAUCGAUCCCUUGAAAAGCUGGAAAUAAAUUUUAAAAAUCUAUUUUUAAGUGAAAUAAAUUUUAAAUAUU